AUGUCUUCGCCCUUUCUGAAUAUCCAAGGCGAUCCUAUUCCUCCGGAGCAGGUUCUCGGAAGCGGAGCCUCUGCAGUGGUUUUGCUUCAAAAUAACGUUGCUGUCAAAACACCGUUACGAUAUCUUUGGAGCUCAGAUUUUGAUGUCAGAGCGAACACCGAAAGCCUAAGACGCGAGCAAUCUAUAUAUAGUCGCUUGCAAUGCCCUGAAGAUGAACGUUCAGACGGUGUUGUCCGUUGUAUUGGGUUUUCGGCCGAAGCUACACAGCUUGCUUAUAUGGUCAACGGGGACCUUCGUACCUAUCUGGCAGAGCGCCGCCCUUCAUACCAGCUCCAACUCACAUGGUUUCGCGAGAUGGCUCGCACACUUAGUUAUAUCCAUGACAGGCGCGUGCUUGUCGCAGACAUCGCCAGCCGAAAUUUUCUCCUGGAUUCGGAUUUAUCCCUCAAACUCUGCGAUUUUUCAGAAGCCUCUCUCUUUCCGUUGGACUCAAAUAUGGAUGCCGUGGAUGAUAACGGAUUCACAACCCAAAUCGAUAUUGGCCUCCUUGGAGCGGUCAUGUAUGAGAUUGUGACGGGCAAUAAGUGCGAAGUCGACCUCUUCAAAGAUAAUUCUCUAACCGAUGGACGAGCUUAUUGGCCGGAAAGAAAGUCUCUUCCAAUUACAGAAGAUAUCUGGCUUGGUGGGGUCAUUGAAGGUUGCUGGGAUGGAAAAUUCCGCAGCGCUCACAGUCUUCUACAAGCAUUAAAUGUCGUCGCUCUACCCUCUCCGUCUCCUGCCACUCGGCCCCGCAUCGCUCACCUCGUGGUCUAUAUCAGGGACAUCAUGAGUGGUCGGCCAAUUUUAACCAUUGUUAGCGGCCUGGGCUUGGUAGCAGUUGCUCUGGUUGUUGGGAGAAAAGCAUUCUUGACGUCACGGGAUUUUUGUCGUUCUUUUUGA